AUGACAUUUACAAAAAAUGUCUUGUCCUUGGGACUCAUUCCUUUGAUACUGAUUUUUGCUUUGGGACUUAUAUGUGCUCCUCGAAAGUCUUUGGAUGGUCUUGACGAAGAUGAUGGUGAUGAUGAUGAAAGUCAAGAAGGUGAAGGUUUGAAAACAGUUUUCUCGCCUAUGACUUCGUCUUCAGCUGCAUCGCCUACUUUAUCUGCAUCCAGUUCUCCCAGAUCAAUCCAAUCAAUUGCUGUUUGUUCAAAUGGUGAGAAAGUGAUUGUCUGUGAUUCUGAGCUGACACGAUCACUUUCUCAUCCAAGUUUAUCUGAUAUGGUUCGUGCAUCACUUGCUAAUAAUAAUAAUAAUGAAAAUCAUAAAAGACAAUCCUAUCAGCCUGGUCACAAAAUUGAUAUGGAAGAGGAGAAUAAUGAUUCCUAUCACCAACAAAACAGAUCUAAUUACAAUUUAGAAAAUGACGACUUACCUCCAGAUUAUAAUCAAAAUUGUAUGAAAGAACAUUCAGUUGGAUAUUUUAAUGAAAAUCUGAAACCGCCAAAAUCUAGAGCUGUUACGUUUCAGUUGCCUGAAAAGUUUGAUCAAAAAUCGGUAACAGAUUUAUAUCAAGAAAUGAAUAAUUCAGAAAUGAAGAAGCCAACAAUACAUGAAAAUCAUGUAAAUGAUGCUUAUCAACAAAUUGCACAACCAAUCCAUACACCAAAACAAGGUAAAACAAAUAAUAAAUAUGACAGUCGAGCUAUACCAGCUUCAUUUGAAAUGGCUGCUUUAAGAAUGAGGAGUAUAAACAAUGGGGGAGGAAAUAAAACGAACCACAGUUUUGAUCUUAAUUGUGAGAAUGAAAAAAAUUGUUCUUUGAAUACUUUCGAAACGGCGGGUCAAUGUAACAACCCUCAGAUUCAUACAUCUCUAUCACUACAGAACAACUCGGAGCAUUUUAUCAGCAAUGAAGACAAUCUCAAUCAAUCUCAAUCAACUUCAUCUGAAAGUGAUCGUGAAGAUGUAACACCAUUCAGACGCAUUGAAAACUCUACUUCAGUGAAUAAUCAUGAAAAAUUAAAUGGUUUACAAAUGCAUACUCAAGAUACAAUAUACAAUAGUUCAGUAUCUACGAUCGAAAUACGUCGACCAGCUCAGUUAGUAUUUGCCAAUUAUGCCGGUUAA